AUGGCAACAGGAGUAAAACCUCGUGACGAUGAAACAAUUCUUACGAGAGCGGAUCUGGAGACUAUCCAAGAAGCUAUGAAAAGUAAGACGUUUCGCGAUAUGCUGACUGAAUACUGCGACGAAGUACGUGACCCGGCGAAUCAAGCUCUCUUUCAGAAAGAAAUGACCCAACUAGAAAAGGAACGUGGCUAUGAUAUAACAUUCAUUAAUCCAAAAGGUGGCUAUGUUAUUAAAACAAGCGUCGCUGGCGAUAGAAAAGCAUUUAUUAACAUUUGUAGCAAUGAGCACAUUGGUAAACCGUCAUAUACCGUUGAAACCCUAAAUGGUCAGAAAGGUAUGAAUUGGCUAAUUCCGUAUUCCUUGAUCCCUCCUAGAGAAGAUUUCGAUAACAAAAAUCAGCGGUGUGUGAUUUAUGAUGUUGUUUUCCACCCUGACACUUUGCGCAUGGCAGAGGUUAACGAACGAUUUCGUGAAAUUGUAAACAAAACUGCCUUAGAUGGUUUACAAACUACCUAUAAUAUACAUUUGGAUAGUAACAACUGCCGUUUUCCUAAGUCAUUAUAUAAGGGAAUGAUUACUCCCGCAGUUGUAAGAAAAGAAGACCCUUCUUAUAAACCUCCAACUGAAGAAGGCACUGAGGAAAUUUCUCAAGAACUUUUAGAAAAAUUGUACCCUCAACAUAAUUACCCCGAAAAUAUUGAAAAAUCAUCAGGUAGUAGUGAAGUAAAAUUAAAGGAAAAAAGAAAAAAACAAAUUAACAAAGAAUUUACAGAUGUUAUAUAUGACGGAUAUACAGUACCAAAAUAUAUUUUAAAACAACAAAAAAAUGUAGACUUUCAGGAGUAUACUUACCACAAAGAUUGUAAGCAAUAUUCUGCUAUACCAAGUCAUUUGGUGGUGGAGAUUAACCUACCUUUGAUCUCUUCUACUAAAGAUUGUGUCUUAGAUGUUGAGGAAAAAUCAUUAAGCUUAUUAUCAGAAAAACCUGCUAAAUACAAACUUAAUUUGACACUUCCUUAUUCAGUAGAUAAUAAGAGUGGCAGUGCCAAAUUUGAUAUAACACAGCAUGUGCUAGUUGUGACUCUACCAGUUAUUAGAAAUAUGGAAUUUAAUAGUAAUAUAAAUUUGUUAAAAACAGACAGUGGUAUAGAAUGUGAAGAAAAUUCUGGAUCUCAAAGUGAAGAGGAGACUUAUAAGGAAAAAAAUGUUACAGAAAUAAGCUCAGUGAAUGAAAAUUCAGAUUUAAAGUCAUCUGUUUUAGAAAAAAUGAUAAAUGAUGAACCUUUCUUACAAGCAUCUAUUGUAUAUGUACUACCUCCAUAUACACAUAACUUAUUAGAUGAUGUUAUAGCAUUUACUUUCCAUGUUAAAAAUACCGAACCAGAUUCAGUGGUGGUGAAAAAUGACGGUAGUGAAAUUUACAUUAAGUUUACAUCAAUUGGAUCAGGAUUUGUACCAGUGCAUUAUGCUGCUAUUAUUGUGUUUGAUGAAAAUAUUAAAUUUAAGAAUCUUUCUGGGGAAGCAUGGGAUAAUAAUGUGAUCCUUCAGUUAGAAGUAGAUGGUGAUAUUCCCCAAAAAUUCCAUCUUGGCUUGAAUAAGGGUACUAUGAAUACUGAACACUUUGAUGUAUCUCAGCUGAAAAAGACUCUAGAGGUUAAACAAACAACUGAGAUUGCUAACCCUCAAGAGAAUAUUAAAUCUCCUACUGUUGAAGUUACAAACUUGGGAUCAGAGACCAAUAUUGUAGUUUCUUCUAGUUGCAGUAAGGGGGGAUGA